AUGUCACAGUUGUCCGAUGAUGUGCUGCGUGCUCUUCAGAUGGGUCGAGAGCACGUGAGCUGUGUUACUGUUUCCGAUCGGUAUCUACUGUGGUGCGGUAGCAGCAGUAGGGGUCCGACGAUGCAUUUAUGGGAUUGCCGUGAUGAUGCCCCGCCCAUAGCGCCGGUGCUGCAUUUGGGUUUCACGCCAACCCUCAUCUCGCUAUUUCAGGAAAAGAUUGUGGUGGUGGGCGAGGAAGCAGUGGCACUCUUCACAUUGGAGUGGUCGCCUUUGGCCGUGGGAGACAAGGACAAGGAGGAGGAGGAGGAGGAGGAAGACGAAGAAGAACAGGAGCAGUGUGUCGUGGCAGAAGAGUUUGUUUGCAGGAGCGUCGGUACAGGAGUAACUCACGUUGCGUGGACCCCAGACGGUGCCACUGUCGCGCUUUCUUCGCCGGAGCAAAUUGUGUUGGUUGACUGCCGCGUUGGGUGCACCGUCGAGCGUAGUGAUGCUAACGGAUCGUGGCCUUGUCUCGCGGUGGACUGCAGCAGUUGGUACGGCACCCCAGGGGCAGCCUUCAGUGCGUUCAGCGCGAGUCGUCUGUUCGUCAUUUCGACGCACAACCACCUUGUGAGCACCCGCUACAACGGAGACAAUCCUGACAGCAGUGGUGGCUUCUGCUCGACAGAACCGCUUCUGGAGCGAGACGGCCACAUCCUCUCACGUGCCCACCACGUCACAUCGUUUGCAGUUGGUGGAAGUGCGGAGGGCCACCUUGUUGUAGGGACGUCCGACGGGAUGGUGAAACUGCUGCAGCAGGAGUCCCUUGAGGUAUUCUUUACCGUGGACGUGACGAAGCAGUUAUACCGCAUUUGGGAUAAAUCGCCACUUCCACCAGCAGAGGAGGGUGGCGUGCAUGUGCUCAACCUGGCGGUGGGUAACCGGCUCAUGCUGGUAGUACGCCCCGAUGCCGUUGUGUGCUACAACAAAAACUCGAUGGAUUUGCUCGUGGACCGAACGACAAUGCUCUCAGGCGAGUUGUCUGUGUUGUCAGCAUGUUCAGGAAAUGGUUCGUGGUGCGUAUGGUGUCCUCAAAAGCAGGAAUUGCUUUACUAUGCUGCUGCAGUGGAACAGCGUGGCAACGGUGACACCACGGAUGACCUGGUGCAUGCCCAAGUACCACUACCGUCACGUCUACUGGAGCCACUUUUGCUUCCCUUUAUGCAGCAGGCCUUGCCAGCUUCAGGCAGUGGAAGGAAUGCUGUCAAGAAUAUGAAGAAAAAGAAUGUGGAGAAGCCGGUGACUUUCGGUCAUCCCAUCAAGAGCAGUGGAUACGCAUCCAACGUGCCGUGGAGUGUCCAGCAGCGUGAGAAACAACUGCGUGACAAGGCACGAAAGGCGACACGGCCCCUACCUUCGGCAACUUCUGUUCCACGGUUCAAGGCAGUACCGUUGCACAAGCAUCCUUUGCAGCCCAUGACAACAGCCAAUCAACUCCUUUUAUCCUCUCCUGUUCAUCGUGCUGUUGUGGUGGCUUCCACUUUCUCAGCUUGCGGUGCUGCUCUGCUAACUUCAUCUGGCGACACCACAGCGAGCUGGCUGAAGUAUCCAGUGGUGAAAAAUGGAGGGAGCAGCAUAAUAAUGCGAGCGCACAAAGGGCCUGUGAACGCUGCAGAUGUCAGUCUUUCCAUCAACGCACCCAUGGCUGCAACGGGGUCAGCUGAUGGUGUUGUUGCAAUGUGGCAGCCUUUGAAGCGAGAGGCACCUUAUAUUAAGCAUGUGGUUGGUAAAGAAGUACGUGCUGUGAAGUUCUUCUACACCGAUAAGUUCCUCUGCUACGCUGCUGGGAACACUGUAUCCCUCUGCCGCUACGCCUUGGAUAAUGGUGGCGGUGAUCUGAAUCGCAAGCGUAAUGAUUCACGUGUGGAAUCUGUAUUGGAGUUCACUGCGGAAUCAGCUCAGUACGUGGCUGCUUUGGAUGCCAUCAACUACUUUACCUCCAACCUUCUUGUGUGGGCAGGAUCAAACAAGUCUGUUGGCAUUUACGAUGUUGCGGCUGAACGGAACAUACAGGUGGUGGAAGAGGCUCACACACGCUCUAUUCAUCAUGUUGCAAUGAUGACAGCGAGUCGGUACGCCUCCCCCACUUCGGCCCACUUACACAUGUAUCUAACAGCCGGGUUGGAUAGCACUGUCCGGUUGUGGGAUCUCCGCCAGCCGCGUCCGGUGCGGCAGCUCGCGCUACACCGCAACAGCGCAGCGCCGGUCGGUGUGGCAUUCUCUCCAAACGGUGCAUUGGUGGCAGUGGGUAGCGACAUUCGCGAAGUCUGCAUCUACGACGUGGGCUCUGGUGCGGCUCUAGACAAGGUGUCUGUGGGAGACAUACCCACCGCACUCUGUUGGCAUCCAAUAGAAAGUGUUCUCGCUGUUGGCACAGCCAAUGGCACUCUUCAGCUGCUGGGACAGCGCUGA